CCUAAAUGGACUCAUGGAGAUUUUUGUGAGAAGAGGUGUGAAUGCAACAAGACUACCAGUGCAUCUUGUGACGAGGACACUGGGAAAUGUUCUUGUAAUCCGGGGUACUUCGGCGACUUAUGUAAUUGUAUCACUGGUGUCCACACAUGCAAUUCAAAAAUAUCAAUCUGCCACACGAACAGCUCGGGUAAUGCCAUCUGUCUUUGCAAGCCUGGAUUUUCAGAGGACGAGUACAAAAAUGAAAAAUGUCUAAAGGAACAGGUAAGGUUGGUCAACCGAACUUCCUCCAAUGAAGGCGUGGUUGAAAUAUAUCGAUCUGGAUCUUGGGGAGGAGUUUGUAAAAACAGAAUGACUAAAAAAGAUGUCCAAGUUGUGUGUCGAGAGUUUGGUUUGCCUUGGAAUGGUGCUCAGUUACUUAGAAAUAUAGACACUGUACCAAGUUCCUACUUCAAAUGGUCUAAUAUCAAUUGCAAUGGAACAGAACAAAGUCUUCUAGAUUGUGACAGAGAUUAUGACAGCAGCACAUACUGUUAUAACCGUCGUCCAGCAACAAUAGCAUGUCCCAGUACACCAUGGAUACGGCUGGUAUCGAGACAAACAACUAAUUCAGAGACAAGUGGAAUUCUACAAGUGUAUCACAACAAAGAAUGGGGUUAUGUUUGUGAAAGUGGAUUUGGUGAGGAUGAUGCUAAAGUUGCCUGUCGUGAACUAGGAUUGCCAACGAAAUACGUGCAAGAAAAAUCUGGAAGUACAUCUUAUGGUUCUUAUGGUUCCAAAACGCACCUGAAAUAUGUCAAUUGUAAUGGUGAUGAGGAAACACUGUCCGAUUGCUCUGCUGACAAUGGGAGCUAUUGUUAUGGGUAUACCAGGGUUAAAAUCUUGUGUGAUAGUGGUAAGACACCAUUUAACAAUUAGUUCAUAAAUAA